AUGAGCUCAGACACACUGAAUACGUUUGAUUUUGAAAUUAUUCUACAAAAAACGAGUACCAAAGAGAAUUCUCGCCAACUAGCCAGUAGCAUCAGAGCCUUUUACACAAUUAUAGACUCUGCAAACAAAGUAAUAAGCCUUGAAGCUGCACGAAAAGAUAAAGUAAAAAAUAACGAGCACACUGGAAUUGACCUUUAUUUAUGGGAAUUUAAGCAUAGCAUUUUCCAUGUGAGCAGUAAUCUUUCGGCAACAGUACUUAUUAGAUUUGAAGAUAAAAUACGCCAGCUACUGUGCCCAACACCAUCCAUUGAUCUCUCUUCUUAUGCUGAUUCUCCGGAUUUUUCCGAUGUAACAAUCAAGGUUAUUAAAAGUGAGAGUAAUGACGAUUCAGAUAGUCGUAAGCGUAUUCAAGAGCCAAAUAAGUAUAUGUACCAGACACUAAAUAUAUGCAUAGAAAAACUUAAAAGCCGAGACUUUAGGUGUCACAAAGUUGUCUUGGCUGGAGCCUCUCCUUGGUUCAAGGCACUUUUCAAAAUUAAAAUGAGUGAUUCUAAUAGUAAAGAUGUGACUAUACGCGGUAUUUCUCCAGAAAUGUUUGAAAAGAUUCUCGUCUUGAUAUAUUCUUCUGAGUAUAACGUAAAAGACCUUGAUGAAGCAUCCAAGAUCCUCAAAGUAGCCGAGAGAAUUGAAAUAUCUACUCUUUGCAACUUAAUUUUUGCUUACUUGAAAUCAAACAUCAACAACAAGACUAACUACCGUCGCAAAGAUAUUGAAACUGCAUGCAAGAACUUCAUCAAACAUAAUGCUGCAACUUUUGUCAGAAGCAAAGAGAUUAUAGCCUUUGAUUCCGAGAGCGUGAUAAAGAUCCUCGAAACCAAUAACCUCUCUCCUCCUGUGAAUGAAGAAAAGCUUUAUGAUGCCGUUCUAUCCUGGAGAUAG